GCCAUUUGUGAGUCCCUUCGGCAUCUUCCGUUCUUUUCAGUCGUGUACUCAGAUCAGGACAACAUGGCUGCAGCUGCGGGCCGCUACUACGGAGAAGGUGGCAGAGCAACGAAAAGACAGAAAACUGAAGACGGAGGAAUGACAACGGAGGGUUACGAUGACCCCCAUAAAACACUCCCUUCCCCGGUGGUGCACGUUCGGGGUCUGGUUGACGGCAUGAUGGAGGCUGACCUGGUGGAGGCUCUGCAGGAGUUUGGAGCCAUUAGCUUUGUGGUGAUGAUGCCCAAGAAGCGUCAGGCCCUGGUGGAGUACGAGGACUUGAACGGCUCCAGUAGCGCGGUGACCUAUGCGUCGGAGAACCAGGUGUACAUCGCCGGCCACCCCGCCUUCAUCAACUACUCUACCAGUCAGAAGAUCUCCCGGCCCGGCGACCCCGACGACACCCGCAGCGUCAACAACGUGCUGCUGCUCACCGUCAUGAACCCAAUAUACCCCAUCACCUCGGAUGUGCUCUACACCAUCUGCAACAACUGUGGGCCAGUACAGAGAAUCGUCAUUUUCAGGAAGAAUGGUGUUCAGGCUAUGGUGGAAUUUGACUCUGUUCAAAGCGCCCAACGAGCCAAGGCCUCUCUGAAUGGGGCGGACAUCUAUUCUGGCUGCUGCACUCUAAAGAUCGAAUAUGCCAAGCCGGCGCGUCUGAAUGUGUUCAAGAACGACCAGGACACCUGGGACUACACCAACCCCAACCUGAGCGGCCAAGAUGCUGAUGGUGAAGGCAAUUGGAACAAUUCACAAGAUCCUAAUGCCAAUCCUAACAAGCGUCAGAGGCAGCCCGCCCUCCUGGGGGACCACCCUCCUGAUUAUGCUGGCCCCCAGGGAGGCUAUCACAACUACAAUGAUGAAGGCGGCUACGGGCCUCCCCCACCGCAUCGCAUGGGGCCCCCUAUGGGCGGCGGGCGUGGUGGUGGUGGUGGUGGUCGUGGUGGAAGCCAACGCUACGGCCCUGGUUACGGGCCGCCUCCCCCGGAGUACGGUGCCCACGCCGACUCCCCCGUUGUCAUGGUGUACGGCCUGGAGCCAGCGAAGGUCAACGCAGACAAGCUCUUCAAUGUCUUCUGCCUCUACGGAAACAUAGAGAGGAUCAAGUUCAUGAAGAGCAAGCCUGGGGCUGCCAUGGUGGAGAUGGGAGACUGCUAUGCCGUGGACAGGAUUAUCACUCACCUCAACAACAACUUCCUUUUCGGACAGAAGCUCAAUGUUUGUGUGUCCAAGCAGCAGGCCAUCAUGCCGGGCCAGUGCUACGAGCUGGAGGACGGCAGCAGCAGCUUCAAGGACUUCCACGGGUCCCGCAACAACCGCUUCACCUCUGCCGAGCAGGCGGCCAAGAACCGCAUCCAGCACCCCAGCAACGUGCUGCACUUCUUCAACGGACAGCCGGACAUCUCCGCCGAGAUGUUCAACCAGGUCUGUGAAGAAUUGGAAAUCAAGGUCCCCUCCAAUGUGAAACUUUUCACUGGAAAGAGUGAGCGCAGCUCUUCUGGCCUACUGGAGUGGGAAUCCAUCAACGAUGCCAUGGAAGCCCUUGCUCUUAUGAACCACUAUCAGAUGAAAAAUCCCAGUGGACCUUACCCGUACACACUGAAGUUGUGUUUUUCAACUGCACACCAUGCCAACUAAAUGACGAGGCACCCUCCACCAAUUUCUAGUUUUAUGUGGUCGCAUAGUGUAUUUCAAAGUUUAAGUUGUCACACCCCUAUAGAACAUUCAAUCUGUAUUGACAAAUAUGUAGUAUCAAUGGGUUUUUAGAAAACCUUUACAUUAACUUAAAUAGAUUUUGUAUUAUUAAGUUGAUCCUUUUUAUUUUGGUGCGAUACCUUUUUGUAGUGCGUUCAUUUUCAAAGAACACCCCAACCCAUACACCUGCUCUAAAUUAAUUUCCAUGUGAACUUUUUUUUU